ACCCACUCAGUCAUGGCGGAACAACAGUUGGACGUUUUGACUCCAGUCCGGCCCUGUGAUCGAUACAGGAGCGCAAGUGCCGCAAAUAUCGAUUCAAAUUGGGCCAGUCUCCACAUCCUCCUAAACAAAACCUAAUUGACGUCCAAGAUACGACGGUAAAUUAUCGUACGCGAUGUUUCUUUGCAAGGCAGAAUGUUAAACGUCGUAAGAAACGAAAACGACUCGAAAUCCAAGUGAAAAUGGACGAAAUACUGCUGAAACUAACCAUAUUCGCGACAGUCGCAAUCUUGGUGCCUGGAACAUUCAGCGGGGAACCCAGGGAAGCGCUGUACAAGAAGAAAUUCCCACCGUGCAAAUCGUGCAAAGUUUUCAUCGACAGUUUCCAGAAGAUUAAGGAAGAGGACUUGGAAAAAACCCUUGAAAAAGUGUGCCUCGACGUGGUGGAGGGUAGAGAUCAAUGCGUUUCUUUCAAGGAGGAACACCUCGCCUCGCUGAACGACUGGUGGUCCGACAAGAAGGACCAAGACGUCUUCAAUUACCUGUGCAUAGACGGGGCCAAAGUUUGUUGUCCUGAGAACCACUACGGCGCCAAUUGUACCCAAUGCGAAGGAUACCCUGGCAACGUCUGCAACAACAACGGAAAAUGCAAGGGUGCGGGCACGAGAAAGGGCAAUGGAAAGUGCCACUGCGACGAGGGUUACACCAACGAAAAGUGCGACCAGUGCGCCUCCGGUUACUUCGAGGCCUACAGGGACGAGAACAAACUCCUCUGCACCAAGUGCCACCCCUCCUGCGACGGUCCUUGCAACAAGCCGGGGCCGGAGGGCUGCGAGAAGUGCAACGUCGGCUGGUUGACCGACAAGGAGAAGGGCUGCUUGGACGUCAACGAGUGCGCGGCCCCCAAGUCCCCCUGCAGGAUCAACCAGUUCUGCGUGAACAGCGAGGGCUCCUUCCGGUGUCUCAGUUGCGACUCCUCCUGUCAUUCGUGCACCGGGGACGGCCCGGACAUGUGCAAGAAAUGCGCCAAGGGUUUCGUGAUGAAGGACAAGCUGUGCGUGGAUUCGGAGCAGGAGAGUCGGAAGCAGCACAUGUACAUAACCAGGUACCUGACCUACCUGGGGCUGUGCGUGGCCACGUGUAUCAUAUUCAACAAGAACACGGUGUUGGCGGCGGUUAUUGGGAUAGUGGUCGCCAUAUACAUAUCCACCUCGGAGUACGUGUUGAACUCCCAUCCAACACCCAAGACUGACAACAUAGCUCAGACUAUUCUGAAUAAGAUUUCCAGCUGAGAUCGUCCAUUAUUCUACAGUGCGUAUUCAUUAACUGACUGAAGCGGCAGUGAAGUGGAUUCAGUUACUCGUGAAAGAAACUACGUGGAAUAUUUUGAUAUUAAAAACACUCUCUUGUUUAAAUUAAUAAUGGUCUGUAGUUUGUGAUACCAAUAAAUAACGUUAGUAAUA